GUGUCACUCCCGGAAAUGGCGGAUGAUGGAAAGGAGGCUGAGAGCAGCGCGGAGCCUGGUCAUGGCUUGUUGCCCCCGGUCAGCACCGCACGACCCAGCCGCCGGCGGACGACCAGUCAGUGUAAAUCGGAACCGCCGCUGCUACGGACCAGCAAGAGGACCAUCUACACAGCCGGGCGCCCUCCCUGGUACAACGAGCACGGCACUCAGUCCAAGGAGGCGUUUGUCAUAGGUCUGGGGGGCGGCAGUGCCUCCGGGAAAACCACGGUGGCCAGAAUGAUUAUAGAAGCCCUGGACGUGCCCUGGGUGGUCCUCCUGUCUAUGGACGCCUUCUACAAGGUGCUGACCGAGGAGCAGCAGAUCCUGGCCGCCCGCAACGAGUACAACUUCGACCACCCGGACUCGUUUGACUUUGAGCUGAUCAUCAGCACGCUGAAGAAGCUGAAACAGGGGAAGAGCGUAAAAAUUCCCACCUAUGACUUUACCACUCACAGCCGGACCAGAGAUUGGAAAACCCUUUACGGAGCGAAUGUGAUCAUAUUUGAAGGGAUCAUGGCGUUUGCUCAUGCGGAGCUUCUGAAGUUGCUGGACAUGAAGAUUUUUGUGGAGACGGACUCUGAUAUCCGCCUGGUACGGAGGCUGCGGAGGGACAUCUCACAGCGAGGGCGAGAAAUCGAGGGAGUGCUUAAACAGUACCACACCUUUGUGAAACCCGCCUUCGACCAGCACAUCCAGCCGACCAUGCGUCUGGCAGAUAUUGUGGUGCCCAGAGGGAGCGGGAACACGGUGGCCAUUGAUCUGAUCGUACAGCACGUCCACAGCCAGCUGGAAAAGAGGGAGAUCAGUGUCAGGGCGGCGCUGGCGUCUGCUCACCAAUCACAGCCUCUGCCACGGACGCUGAGUGUUUUGAAGGAGACUCCUCAAGUGAACGUCAUGCACACAAUUAUUAGGAACCGGGAAACGAGUCGGGAUGAAUUCAUCUUUUAUUCUCGGCGAUUGAUGAGGCUUCUAAUCGAGUACGCGCUGUCCUUCCUGCCCUUCAGGAGCUGCACCGUUCAGACCCCGCAAGAUCACGAGUACGAAGGGAGGACAUUUGAUGGAAAACGGAUCACCGGAGUUUCCAUCCUGAGAGCCGGCGAGACCAUGGAACCGGCACUAAGAGCCGUCUGCAAAGACGUCCGGAUCGGAACCAUUCUUAUCCAGACCAACCCCAGCACCGGAGAGCCUGAGCUGCAUUACCUGCGUCUUCCUAAGGACAUCAGCGAGGACCACGUUAUUCUCAUGGACUGCACGGUGUCCACAGGAGCAGCAGCCAUGAUGGCGGUCCGUGUACUGCUGGAUCAUGAAGUUCCCGAAGAGAAGAUCUUCCUGCUGUCUCUGCUCAUGGCGGAGCUGGGCGUCCACUCCGUGGCUUAUGCCUUCCCACGCGUUCGCAUUCUAACCACCGCCGUGGAUAAAAAAGUCAAUAACCUUUUCCGAAUCAUCCCGGGAAUAGGUAAUUUCGGGGACCGCUAUUUCGGCACAGAUGGCCCUGCGGACUGGAGCGAUGAAGAUGACCCGGCUUGAUUCCCCCUCC